AUGGGGGAUUGGACCAUCCUUGGUCGGUUCUUGACAGAAGUUCAAAACCAUUCGACUGUCAUCGGCAAGAUUUGGCUGACGAUGCUGCUCAUCUUCCGCAUCAUGCUCGUGGCCCUUGUAGGGGACGCCGUCUACAGCGACGAGCAGUCCAAGUUUACCUGUAACACCCUGCAGCCUGGCUGCAGUAACGUCUGCUAUGACACCUUCGCCCCUGUCUCCCACUUGCGCUUUUGGGUUUUUCAGAUCGUCCUCGUCUCCACGCCGUCAAUUUUCUACAUAGUGUAUGUCUUGCAGAAGGUUACCAAGAAUGAAAGACCUGAGGUCAAGAAGGUGAUUUCGGUACCCAAGGCCUCGCCUUUGCUUGAAACAAAAGGACCUUUAAGAAUUGAUAAAGACAUGAUGCUGGAUACUGGUAAUCCUUAUGAUGAUACUUCUGGAGAGGAGGACUGGAGCUCGGAGGAAGAGGAAUAUGAGGAGAGGACUCAGCUGGAAGGAGAAAUGAAGGAAGUAGAGGAGGACCCAACUCAGCUCUCUAGUAAAGUGCUACUUAUUUACAUCAUACACGUUCUGCUGCGCUCCAUUAUGGAAAUUGUUUUCCUCAUAGGGCAAUACUACCUUUUCGGAUUUGAAGUCCCACAUCUGUUUCGCUGUGAGACCUACCCGUGUCCAAACAGAACCGACUGCUUUGUGUCCCGAGCAACAGAAAAGACCAUCUUCCUCAACUUCAUGUUCAGCGUCAGCCUUGGGUGCUUCGUCCUGAACAUUGUGGAGCUGCAUUAUUUGGGAUGGAUUUACAUUUUCAGAGUGCUGUUCUCUGCAUGCUGCAUGUGCUGUGACUCGGAUAGGGAACCCGUGCAACAGGUGGCUUUGUACUCUUACAGCAACCCACUGUUGCUCGAACUCAAGCAUUCUUUGCAUGGACGAGUCGUCCUGCAGACCACCGCGGGUGCGUCCAGGGACCCAAAUCAGGUCCCAUCUAUCUCCUUUGAGACGGAUUCUACUUUGGAGUGCACUUCGGCUAGGAAUUUAGAUGAAAGGGAACACAGCAAGGCUAGAAUACACAGUGUGGCCAAAAUAGGACAAGGGAAAAAGUCUUGGUUGUGAAUCCUUUUCAAACCCUUUCUGUCCUUUUGUUUAGAUUUUCUUUUUUUUUUUUACUUUUUGAGACAGAAUUUUGUUAAAGUACAGACAUGAAAAAACUUGGGAUUGUUUAUACAGUAUCCACCAGAUUUAGUAACUCCCAUAGUAAAUGAAAUCUUUUAAAUAAAUUACUCUUUUAUUGCAGUCACAUAAUCUCUUAAAAAUUGGGAAAUCAAUUGGAGUUCAAAUAACAAUUUCGGUGGUUGCUCAGAGGGUCUAGGAAUUUCUAAUUAGUAAUCUAUAACUUCAUGUAGCAUAAAAAUUACAUGUUCUGUAUUAUAAUAUCACACACAUAAACAGUGGUCAGAUUACAAUAGGCUUUCAGACACUAAUAUAUCAGGUGGGUUUGACAUGAAACAAUGGAAACAAUAUGUGGAAAAGCACUCAAAUCUGCAAUGCUAAUUGUCAUGAUUGAGGUAGAAUGUUGGGCCCAAAUGCAGCAGGGAGAGGCAUAAGGUAGAGUAGUACUUUUAAUAAAAAUGCGGAACAAAAACUUACAAGAAAUCUCCGGGAGCCAGAGCAGAACAAAAACUAUAAAUCCAAGGAAAAGACAGCAGGGGACUGUCAGAGGAAUCAACAGGAUAUAACAGGAGGGACUAUCAAUGAGUGAGAGCAGCAGAAGUGUGUAAGUACUGGGGAAAGUGAAUGUGGAACAGUUGAUCUAGGCUGAUUGGCUACCUGACUGCAGGUGUGAGGGGAGAAAGAGAAAAGAAGGAGAUUAUACAGGGGACUUGAAAGUAAAUGUAACAGUAAAAAAUUAGUAGACAUAAAGAACAAAUUUAAACUAGAGUUACAUAACUAGACACAAGAAAUAAUCGUAAUAAGCUAGAAUCGCCAAGAAAGCACUGAACUACAGUAAAACAGAAACAACACUGAGCUAAACAAAGAACAAGACUAGGAACACAGAAUACUAAAUCUGUUUUAAAUAAAAAUACAGUGCACUCUACCUGUCAACUGACAAUGAAUCAUCAAUUGGUCUUUCUCUAGGAUAAUGAUUGUCAUCAUAUUGUAAACUGAACACAGAAAUAAUCUAUCAGAUUAAAAAAACAAAACCAAAAAACUUUCAUUUUAUCCAGGAUUUUACCAUCUGGCAAUACCGUACAAAAAGUAGUUAUAAAAUGUUAUAGGAUAACUCAAAGUGCUACUUGUAUGGAAAUGGACAGGAAACCAACAAUUCUGCCACUUGUCAUUUUGAUAAAAGUUAAUAUAUUUCUUACUCUUUGAUUUUCCCCCUACUGAAUAAAUGUAUCUAAUUUUUGUUUUUUUUUUUUUUUUUUUUUUUUAGAUUUUUCAGCAGUAAAAUUUCUGAAUUUACUGUCACUGUAAUUUAUUUCGGCAGUUAUAUUACCUUUUGCUGAAGAAAGUAAAAACAUCUAAAUAAGUUGACUGUCAAUCUUUAGAUUGUAAUUACAUAAGUAAUCUUAAUUUGAAUAAGCUUGUCAAGUAGUAAUUAUUGCUAAUUUUGUUUCAAGUUCGGAUUUAUAUCAGAUUUCAAAUGCAUUUGUGACUGACAUGCUAUAAGAAAGAAAACUUAAGAAAAAUCUUUUAAAGCUUGUGACUUAGAAUUAAAAAAUAGCUUGUUGUUUUUUUAGUCAGAGAUAUAUCUGAAAU